UCCCAAGCCAAUGGCCGCCGCAACUUAAGCGGCGUGGGGACUCGGAGAGAGAGGGCAGGAGUGGAAGGGGCGCUCCCGGGGGAGAGAGAGACUGCCCGGCCACCGGACCUGCGGCGCCGGGCGAAGCCGAGUUCUUCCGCCGGGAAAAGACAGUGGAGGAGCGGAGCUCCGCGCGCUUCCCCCGACCAAGAGAACAAGGUCCAAGCAAACUACAAAACAUGACUUCUGAUGCUAGUCACAUGCUUGAAGCUGCUCUAGAACAAAUGGAUGAUAUCAUUGCAGGUACCAAAGCAGCUGCAGAAUAUACAAAUGGUGUCUAUGACAUGGUGUCACCUGCUCAGUCAAUGUAUUUUGGCACGCUUCAAAUCCUGCACCUCUUGGAAGAUUUGAAGUUAGCGUUAGAAAUGCUCAAGGAUCCUCAAGAGAAAGAAGCUUUGCGGAACCAAGUACCAGGGGCUACAGCAGCUUGCAUACAUGACUGGCUAGAGGAACAUCUGUCCCAGGUGAAUCACCAUAUUUCUACCAGUGAGACUUAUCAAGAACGUCUGGCAAGAUUAGAAGGUGAUAAAGAAUCUCUCAUAUUGCAGGUGAGUGUCCUCACAGACCAAGUUGAAGCCCAAGGAGAAAAAAUCCGAGACUUAGAAGUUUGCCUUGAAGGACACCAGCUGAAGCUUAAUGCUACAGAAGAGAUGCUUCAACAGGAAUUAUUAAGUCGGACAUUGCUAGAAACCCAGAAAUUGGAUUUAAUGGCAGAAGUUUCAGAUCUAAAGAUCAAGCUGGUUGGAAUGGAGAAGGAACAGAGCGAGUAUGAAGAGAAGCAGAAUAAAGCUGAGAAUUUGUUACAGGAACUCAAACACCUGAAAAUUAAGGUUGAAGAGCUAGAAAAUGAAAGGACUCAAUAUGAGUGGAAACUGAAAGCAACAAAGGCUGAAAUAGCACAGCUUCAAGAACAGCUAGCUCUAAAAGACUCAGAAAUUGAACGAUUACAGAGUCAAAUCUCGAGGACAUCUGCAAAUAAUGAAAUUGCAGAAAGAGAGGAAGUGUAUAAGAGAAGGCUAAAAGAAAAACAUCAAGAGGUCCAGCGUUUGAAAAUAGGAAUGGAAUCAUUAUUAGCUGCAAAUCAGGAAAAGGACCGCCGCAUAGAAGAGUUAACCGUUUUACUAAGCCAGUACCGAAGGGUGAAAGAGAUAAUGAUAGCAGUCCAAGGAACUUCAGAAAGAGUUUUGUCUGGUAGUAGUGAAGAUGAUUUUGAAGCAACCUUAAGAAAAUGGAACCUCAUGCAUGCACCUCAGAUAGAAUAUAAACCAGAGAUACCUCAAGGGGAAUUGGUCCCAUCUGUGUUGCUUCCUGCACCACAAAAAAUACUGGAAAUCAGGGGAAGCUCUCCAGUUCCUUCAAAUAAACUAUGUUUGACAAAUGGGGAAAGCCUGGAAUUUCAAAAUAGGAUGUCUCAGAAAAAAAUUUCGAGUAGUCUAGAAGACUUGCAAAGUGAAUCCCUGGAAAAGCAUGUAGAUGGGAAACCAGUAGAACGUGAUCUAGAAGAAGAGAAUAAAUCUCACGUGAAAAGCAGCAAGUACCAAACCUUGCCAGGGAAACUUCCUCGACCAGCCCACAAUGGUGAUAACCGUCUGUACAACACACCUGCUACUCCAUGUUGUAUAAAUGGCAGCGAGGACAACAGCAUACAGAGCCUGAAUCGCAUCAGGAGUAUCAGUGCACCAAUAUUAGGGGCUCCUGAUAGUAUGAACAACACAACUUCAGAGGAACUUUCGCCCUUGUCAUCUGGAACCGAUUCAGGUGCACAGUCUCCAUUAUCUCCAGACAAUAAAAGAAGUCCAAAAGGAAUAAAGAAAAUAUGGGGAAAAAUACGUCGGACUCAAUCUGGAAAUUUCCCUGGAGAUGAUCUGGGCUUGGUUGAAUUUCGAAGAGGUGGCCUCCGUGCAACAGCUGGACCUCGAUUGUCUCGGUCAAAGGACACCAAGGGACAAAAGAGUGAUCAUAAUGCCCCAUUUGCUCAAUGGGGCACUGAACGCGUUUGCAACUGGCUUGAGGACUUUGGCCUUGGUCAGUAUGUCAUUUUUGCACGACAAUGGGUAACAUCUGGCCAUACACUUCUGACAGCAACGCCACAGGAUAUGGAAAAGGAAUUAGGAAUUAAGCAUCCUUUACACAGGAAGAAAUUGGUUUUGGCAGUCAAAGCUAUAAAUACAAAACAAGAUGAAAAGUCUGCGCAGUUAGAUCAUAUCUGGGUCACACGAUGGCUUGAUGAUAUUGGUUUACCUCAGUAUAAAGAUCAGUUCCACGAAUCACGAGUUGAUGGCAGAAUGCUGCAAUAUCUAACUGUGAAUGACCUCCUCUUCCUCAAAGUUACAAGCCAGCUGCAUCACCUCAGCAUUAAAUGUGCCAUUCAGGUGCUACACUUGAACAAUUUCAACCCACACUGCUUACGCAGAAGACCAGCAGAUGAGAAUAACAUUUCACCAUCAGAAGUAGUUCAGUGGUCCAAUCAUAGAGUGAUGGAAUGGCUCAGAUCAGUAGAUCUGGCAGAAUAUGCACCAAACCUUCGAGGAAGUGGCGUUCAUGGUGGACUCAUUAUCUUGGAGCCCCGUUUCAAUGGAGAUACUCUGGCGAUGCUCCUCAACAUUCCGCCUCAAAAGACGCUGCUAAGACGCCACUUAACCACAAACUUCAAUGUGCUCAUUGGGCCAGAGGCUCAGCAAGAUAAAAGGGAAAUCAUGGAAUCUACAGCUUAUACAGCUCUCACUACCACUGCAAAAGUCCGGCCAAAGAAACUUGGAUUUUCACAUUUUGGAAACUUAAGAAAAAAGAAGUUUGAUGAAUCUACAGAUUAUAUUUGCCCUAUGGAUACAAGUACAACGAAUGGUACUCAGAAGAGCUACGGUGCAUACAAAGUGCAUAAUGCACUCCCUGACAAAGAAUUAGACAAACUGGAUCAGAUGGACCAUUCAGAAGGAACAGUAAUGCAAAUAGGGGAGCUCUCUCGAGGAAUAAACAACCUCACGACAAUGUUAAGCCAAGAUCAGAUGCUGAACAACGAUCAAUUUUUAACAUCAACUUUUGAGGACUGGAGAUGAAGAUGCCACAGGAAUAACAACACUAAGUCCUUUCUUUUAUUAUGAGAGAAAACUCAUGCAGGCUGGGUGCUAUACCUAGAAAUGUAUCAUCUUCUUUGCCACUAAAAUAUGUGAAAGUUCAGUGCUCUUUUAAAAGACGACACACAGGUAAAUUCCAUGGUCCAGAUAGUUAAAACAUGCAUUCAAAGAACUAUGCAAUUUUUCUAGAAAUUUGGAAAUCAAGGGUCUAUUGUUACCUAUUUUAAUCAACAUGAGUAAUUUAAUAGUGAUCCAUUUUUUCUAUAUUUUCUAAUUCUAAGAUUUGGUUAUGGUGCAAAGUAAUGGAACUGGAGUAGAUCCCAAAGUUGUAGCUACUAUUUAUCAUCUGUGUCAUUUGUGCAAUGAUUUAUAUUGAAUCUGAACUAGUUUAUGGUACUGAAAAAGUGAUUCCUUUAUGUAUUAAAUGUGUUCAUUGUUUCAAAAGAUAGUCAUGAUCAAGAUGACCAUAACUCCUGAUGACUACAUAGAUGCAACUGUGCAGCUACCUUUGAAGGAGUGUGGAAGUCAUUUACCAUUACCUUUUUCUGCACUGUUUUUAAACUUUCCAGGCUAGUCUACAACCUUAGUAUUCCCUGGUAUUCUCCCAUUCAAGAACUAACCAGGUCUGGUCCUGCUUGGCUUUUGAAGCUGGACUUUAACCAGAUGCUACCACCAACUGAUACACUCACUGUUUUCUUGACCACUUUUACUGUAGUCUCAAUGAGUAUCAAUCACUGAGUACUGGAAGCUUCAUCAAUAUUUGAUGAACAAAUCAUUCCUAUCCUCUAUGCAAUUAUUCUUGUCUUCCUUCCAUCUUGCUAAUUUUGAACUAUACAUGCUGCGUACAAGUACCCUUGUUACAGGGCUAAGUAGUGACAGGUUAACAAAAACUUACAUUAGUUAUUUGUAUAACAUUUCAUUGUUCUAGUGUGGCAGAGACUAUGAAGGAGCUAGAGGUGAUUGUGCUUUGUUCAAGGAUUUAAGUGUGCCUAUUAAUUCAUGCAACACCAAAAAUGUGUCUUAACUACAUUGCAACAUAUUCUACAUUUUGUUUGACUUACAAAUUCAAAGGAAGCACACAUAGCAGCAUAUUGGUGUAGGCUUUCAUGGCAUCAAUGAAGCAGUGGUGAGAUUUUGGGCUGAAUGGCCACAGUGUAGGCCACGGCCAUUCGGCCAGAAAGCCGAUCGCUACUCCACACAUAACAGCCUUGCAUAUCAGUUUAUUUUUGCCCUAAUCACCGGAAAGCUAAAAACUCUUUGGAAUAUUCUAUCAAGUGAAAUUAAUGGGAAGUAUGAAAACAAUGACGGGACCAAACAAAUGCCCACAAGCUGGACUUCUUGCUCUGCCAUUCUACUUAUUUUCCAGUGCAGGAAAUUCUUAAAGGCAUCUUCCAACUAUCACAUUUUAAUGAUACUUUAAGUUACAAAAAUUGAGAGAAAAAUUCAGUUUGAUAGAAAAGAACUAACCUCUUCAGACUUUCCAGUUCUCAGUACAAAAAAACAGACUUUCAAAAUGUAUAGCUAAAUACCAAGAUUUUGUUAAAAUUUAUGGCAACUUUGGGGGGGGGGGAUUGGUAGUUACAUCUAAUCUACCAAAAUCUCCCUAAUACUCUUUUGAUUUGGAGUAUCCAAGUUCACCUUCAUCUUUAUUCCGGGGGGGUGGGGAGAUUAGUAAUAUUUCAGUGGCGUGCAAGAACAGAAGGUUUCCACAUCAGGGCAAUAUUGUCAAUAAUAAGAAUCUGGCAUGUUAUUCUUUCUUAACUCUAACAGCAGUGCUCUAUUGUCUGCUUCAGUUUCCUCUUGAAAUGAGGUAUUCUUGGGCACACCUCAACUCUAUUCUGUUUCAAAACUGGUUUGGGUAGCCAUCAGCAACUCUCUGAAUAUUUUUCUGUGGAAAUCUUUGCUGAUCUGUCUUAAGAGGCUUGUAGCCUGUUCUGUGAUGCAACCUUGAUCAUCUAAAUGUUCUUAUACAAGUGUGCCACCUACUGGUGGCAAAAUUCCUUGUUUGCAAAAUACAUUCCCGAUACAAGUUGUUGCUAACAAAAGCACAAUUUUUAGUAUAUUCUUCCUGCAGAAGUAUUCAACCUGAAGAUACCACCAAAUUCAUACUGUGCUCCCAGCCCACCUUUCACAGUUAAGUAACAGGGCUUUGAAUGUUAUAGUCGAUGGUAACUUGCAGAGACUUGGCUCAAUACCCAUCCAGAAGCUGUCCCUUUCAGACUUAUGAGUCUUUUGAACAUAUUUUUAUUUGUUGUAUAAUUCUGGAUUUAAAAUAUUGCAUGUUCAAACAUGUCAAGCUUUAAUGUACAAAAUUUUUAGAAAAGCAACUGUUGUAUUACAAGCAUGUGUACAGGUGUUCCCGGGAAGUGACACAUGAGUGAUGAAGCAUAUUUGGGCUACCAAUUGAAUCAAAGUAUCUCACUCACAUCAGUAAAUGGCAGGAUUUUGAUUUCUCUGCUGCAGAGUGAAUAUUUUGAACCCAAAUGAGAUAUAAAGUUCUGCAUGAGAACAAUAUUUAAAAUA